CGGGAAGACCGACGCGAUCCAGUCUUCAACAGGGUCUACUCACUGGAAUUCUGAAUGCCCAGUCCACUCCGCCAUGGCCAGCCGGGGCGGGGGUCAUGGCCGUGGCCGUGGCCAGCUGACCUUCAACAUGGAGGCUGUGGGCAUCAGCAAAGGGGAUGCUCUGCCUCCACCAACCCUGCAGCCUUCUCCACUCUUCCCUCCCCUGGAGUUCCACCCAGUGCCCCUGCCCUCGGGGGAAGAAGGGGAGUAUGUGCUGGCACUGAAGCAGGAGCUCCGAGGGGCCAUGAGGCAGCUUCCCUACUUCAUCCGGCCAGCGGUCCCCAAGAGAGAUGUGGAGCGUUACUCAGACAAAUACCAGAUGUCUGGACCAAUUGAUAAUGCCAUCGAUUGGAACCCUGAUUGGAGACGUCUACCCCGGGAACUGAAAAUCCGAGUGCGGAAGCUACAGAAGGAGCGCACCACCAUCCUCCUCCCCAAGAGGCCCCCUAAGAGCACAGAAGAUAAGGAGGAAACGAUUCAGAAACUGGAGACCCUGGAGAAGAAGGAGGAAGAAGUGACUUCAGAGGAAGAAGAGGAGAAAGAAGAAGGAGAAGAGAAGGAGGAGGAAGAAGAAGAAGAGUAUGAUGAGGAAGAGCAUGAAGAGGAAACCGAUUACAUCAUGUCCUAUUUUGACAAUGGAGAGGACUUUGGGGGUGACAGUGAUGACAAUAUGGACGAGGCCAUAUACUGAAGAGGCCCUAACCAGUGCCCUCACUUCAUGUUUUUUCUUUCCGACUCAGAUUACAAAGUCACUUUGUGGAAUAAACGUAUAAUUCGUUUAGAGUCCAGCUAGCCCUUUAGGAGGACAGAUGGCUCUCUUUCCUACCAUUACCCCUUUUUCUACCACUUUUUUUCUUCUGUUAUCAUGGGGAAAGGAAAGGACCCUAUGACUUCAUUGUAUAGAAAGGAGAAAGAAUUCUAAAGAAGUUGACAUUGUUAGGACUGAGAUCGUUGUGUACAUAGUCCACCACCCAUUUCUUAAUAGUUUGAUGUGGAACUGUGGGCAAUUACGAAGAGCCAGUGAGUUUCAUGUUUUUAAAUAAAAGCUCUUUUUUUU